AUGGCCGCAACCUGGCACCGCAUAGGCGAAGCAGCAAAGAAAUCACUCUCUCGCAUUUCUCCUCCGCCGGACUUGAGUCAACCGGAUAUGGAUCAUUUUUACACGCAUCCGAUAGAAUUCCUAAAAUCGAUAUCCGAAGGCGCUCAAUUUUGCUCGAUGGUUUUCUCUCUGGCAAAAAUACUCAUAUCACAGUACGAUCCCUCGAAAUUGGCCUCCGGUGUCAUAUUCAAUGCUUCGCAAGAUUAUCAAGACGCGGUCUCUUCGCUCCUUAAGAGAGGUGUGAAGAGGUUUUUGUGCGAUUUUAAAGAAGGACAUAUCUACUUUAGAAGUCUUUUGGUGAUAGAUCAUGUUUUAACGGGCGCAAGUAUUUUAAAACCCGAGCCUACACCUAGCAUCUGGUCCUCUUAUGAAAUCAAACCAGUCAAGGCGGUGAAGUGGCAAAUCGAAAAUCACAAAUUUCCCGAGAGGGCUGGCCCUUCUUUUGUCGGUAUCACGGUGGUGGAUAUUGGCUUCUCGUCGGCGCUUGCUAUUAGGGUAGUCCUCGUAGUCUCUGAUGAGAUUUUCGAUAUAUUGUGUAUGGAUCCGGAGAAACCAAUCCUUACGGCCAAAGGUUAUAUUGGUGACGUGGGAACACACAGCGAGGAAGCGAACAGGCGAUUAUUCGAUGGUUUGGGCUUGACAGAGAUCUUUGAAAGAGAUGAAAGAGUCUACUCUUUAUGUAGGAUGCCUCGACCUAUUCACUAUAGCGUGGAAAAACCAUUAGCACAUGGUUCCAAUAUCAGCAGAACGGGAGCCAAUGAAAGAGGGAGCGUUGGGAUAUUUAUGAGACCUACCUCAGACGCUGGAUUCGGGUAUUGUUUAACCGCAGGCCAUAUUGCGAUCAAUUCAGAGGAUAAAAAUGACCAGUCGGGUUCAAAAAUCCAAACUCUAAGUGGCUUGGACAUCCUUCGGUGGUAUGCGGUUGUGUCUAGCGAAAGCAAAAAUGUUACAACCGAAUGCCCUGAAGAUAAAGAAAAGGUUAUAGAUUCCUGGAAUAGAACAGUGAAAAAGAAAGAGUUUGGAGACAUUGGGAGUGUCGCUGCAUAUGGAGUUGGUACGGAUCCCGGUGGUUGGGUGGAGGAUUGGGCACUGGCUCUAAGGAAUAAGAGGAGGAAUAGUGAAUGCUUUUCUCCGCCAGCAAAGCUCGAACUCAUCUUGCCGAUCGGCGAUAAACCAUUCUGUGCCGGCGGAGACUCUGGAGCCGCUGUUUUUCGCGUUGUGCAAGAGCGGCUAAGUUGGUGCGGUAUGCUGGUCGGAAUUGGCAAUUUGGAGGGCGCAAUGAAUAUACCUGGCGGUGCAGGAUUGAUGGUACCGCAAGCUGUGGUGUUGAAACAGAUGAAAGAUAAGACCGGAAUCGAUUGGGUAGUGUCCGAUCGAGGGGGAAAGAUAUUGAAUUGA